UAUCUUGAUAGAGUAUGCAGAUGCAGAGGCUGCAGGUCCUGGGGUCAAGCAGGAGAGGUCUGAAGGAGAGGAGGACCUACGGCACAAUAGAGACAUCCAGACUGGAGAGGCAGUAGAGCCCCCUGUAGCCACAGAGGACCCCACCACUGCCCCAGUGCAAGCCAGGACCCAAUGCAGCAUCACGGAGGUCAGUGGAAGGCAGAACGUCCUCAAGUCAGAGACCGACACAGAGACUUUAACUGUAACACAAAGGCUUUUACACACAGGAUCUGACCACAGGUUAGAACCAGAGAGACUGGGCUGUCCUUCUGCUCCCGGCUCAGAGUAUUUACCGGUAUUUCACCAAAUCCAGAAGACUGUUCAUUCCCGUGGAGAUGGUGACACGUUAGACACUGAAGUUGAUGAUCCGUCUUGUUCUUACGCUACAGAGAUGGACCCAGGCAACAUGCCCUUGGGUUUAGAGACACAGACUGAUCUGUCUAGAGGGGACUGGAACCAGUACAGUAGUAGUGUAUACUCUGAAGGGUGCCUAGAUAAGAAAGGGGAGGUUAUAGUGGUAGAUGAAGUGAUUGUGAAAGUGGAGGGGGAUGUUCCUCCCACAUGGAAUGCAGAUAGUCACCAUGGAGAUGGACACUCACAGGGCAGAGAUUUCUUAGAUUACAGGGAAAGCUUAGAGACAAAUCCAAAUGUCGCCACCCACUCCCCUUUACACACUUUCAGGGAUCGCGACCCAGGUUCCACGUUGAUGGGGCCUUCCGAAUCACACCUUUUCGAUCAGGUAUUGAACUCAAACAACAUGGCUAGAGCCCAGGCUCAGGGAGGGGGAGCCACAUCAGGCAAUGGUAAAGAGAAACGGUUCCUCUGCAUGUUCUGUAACAAAGGCUUCAGCUGCCUCCAGAAGGUGGAGAUCCACCAGAGGGUCCACACAGGGGAGAAACCUUUCAGCUGUAACCAGUGUGAGAAGAGGUUCUCCCGCCAAGACCACCUGAAAAGGCACCAGAGGUCCAUGAAGACCUGCUAA